CAAGCUGCGCAGGGGCGCCGCGGGCAGGCGGCGGCGGGCAACUGGAGCAGCUACGGCCCAAGGCUCGGGGAAGUUGACGGCGCCCACGAGAACCUAGCCGCAACCAGCAGCGAUGACCUUCAGCACAUGGCUUGAUGGGGUCGUGGGAGGAGGGAUUACGGAUACCGCAACUCUUCGGGCCUACGAUCGAGGGUUGGAGACCUAUGUAACACACUCCUACCAACAACCAAACAAAUUGCUUGAUGAUUUUGCCGCCGUAGUCUGUACUGGAGCAGCUGCCGCUUUGUGUUGGGCGGCGUGGAGGUACCACAAAUACAGUAUAUCUCUGGGCAAGUAUGGCCGGGACAUGACGGCCUCGGCCGGCAAGGCCGACCCGGUGAUUGGCCGCGACGACGAGAUCAAUCGUGUUAUCUGCAUCCUCUGCCGCCGGACCAAGAACUGCGUUGCGCUAGUUGGUGCGGCAGGGGUCGGCAAGACAGCCAUUGCCGAGGGUCUCGCUCAGCGCAUCGCUGCUGGGACAGUCCCUGCCACACUCAUUGGAGCACGCGUCGUGGAAGUGGACCUCGGGGCCAUGGUGGCCGGGACUCUUUACUGCGGCAUGUUUGAGGAGCGCAUGAAGGAUGUGAUACGGCAGGCGGAGAAUGCAGACGGCAAGGUAAUUCUCUUCAUCGAUGAGAUGCACAUGCUUAUUGGCUCCGGUGGCAGCCUGGUCCACCAGAGGAGCACGGACGCUGCCAACAUGCUGAAGCCGGCAUUGGCCCGUGGUCGUAUCCGCUGCGUGGCCGCAACGACUUUUGAUGAGUACAGCAAGUACAUUGAGAACGACCCAGCAUUGGAGCGGCGAUUCCAAAAGGUGCACGUUGAGGAGCCAAGCAUGCAGGCAACCAUUGCCAUUCUGCAAGGGCUAAAGAAAAGGUAUGAGGAGCAUCAUGGCUUGGAAAUCCAGGAUGCUGCUCUUAUUGCUGCCGCACAGCUUGCUGCCCGAUAUAUCACAGGUCAUCAAUUUCCUGAUAAGGCAAUCGAUCUGAUCGAUGAAGCAUGUGCCACUGCAGCCAAAAGGAUGAUGCAAAUUGGCAAACAAGAAAAGGAAGUGAACACUGUGCUAACUGCCUCUCCAAAUGCAGUGAACGAAGCAAAUGUUGGACCGGAUGAAGUUGCACAAGUUGUGAGCCGAUGUACUGGAAUUCCUGUUGCCACACUUGAUCAAGGGGAGAAGGAUAAGUUGAUCCACCUAGCAGCCAGAUUGCAUGAGCGAGUUGUUGGCCAGGAUGAAGCGGUUAAUAAGGUUGUGCGGGCUGUGUUGCGUUCUAGGACUGGUCUUAAUCAUCCUGGCCAGCCAACAGGCUCGUUCCUCUUUUUGGGUUCUACUGGCGUUGGAAAGACAGAGCUUGCAAAAGCUCUUGCUGAACAGCUGUUUGACAGCGAGAAGAUGUUGGUUCGCAUUGACAUGUCUGAAUAUGUUGGGGCCGGAUCUGUCUGGCGUCUCAUUGGAGCACCUCCAGGCUCCUCUGAACAUCAAGAUGGUGGACAACUGACCGAGAAGGUGCGAAGGCGCCCAUAUAGUGUCAUCCUUUUUGAUGAGGUGGAGAAGGCAGAUCCCUCGGUGUUGAAUGUUUUUCUUCAGCUCCUUGAUGAUGGUAUGUUGACUGAUGGAAAAGGUCGGUUAGUAGAUUUCAAAAAUACAAUUAUCAUCAUGACCUCAAAUCUGGGGUCAGAGCACCUACUAGCAGGAUUGUCCGGAGAAAGCACAAUGGAAAGAGCAAGGGACCUUCUCAUGAAUCAGGUUCACAAACACUUCAAGCCCGAGCUUCUCAACAGACUGAGUGUGAUCGUUGUAUUUGAGCCGCUUUCACGAGACAGACUGAAAGAGAUCGUGGCAAUCCAGAUGAAGAAUGUCAUCGCCAGGGUAGCCACCAAGGGCAUCUCUCUAUGUGUAAGCGACGCCGCCCUGGAUGUCAUUUUGUCAGAAUCAUACAACCCGGUGUACGGUGCAAGGCCAAUAAGGAGGUGGGUGCAGGAGAAUGUGGUGACAACGAUCUCGGAGAUGUUGAUAAGAGGAGAAGCUGGUGCGGGCUCGACGAUCAACGUCAGUGCUACAGAUGAUAGGAAGGCGCUGAAAUGGAGGCGUUGAUGGAGAUGACGAUGGUGGCCAGCAUGCACAGCCUAGGGCCGGCGCCUGGUGAUGGUGGCGGCCCGCCUCCUUCACCUCUCCUUGCUUGGACGAUGAGGUAGUUUUGAAGAUGAAGCUAUGGAGAUCUUGAGGGAGAGGCCUCCCUCUAGCUGGGAGGGGAGAACCUUCGGCGGCUGCGUGGAGUUUUUGAUGAAUGAUGGGGGUUGCGAUGGAUGAGGCCAGCGGCUAGGAUUGGUGCUGAUUAUAUAGCCGGCCUCCUCGUGCCUCCUCCAUGUAUCCUUCUCUUCUCCUUCGAUUCAAGUGCUCUUGAUGGGUCGCAACCUCCCAAUGGCUUCCUUA